AUGAGCAGAGAAGGCAUGCAGCAGCAGGACGAGUCGGGCGUGGGAGCGAGCGACGAAGCUGCGUUUAACAGGCAACCACCAGGCCGCGUUUCUGAACAGGCAGCACACGGCCACGAAGUCUCCCGCAUACUGGCCCCUUACGAGCUUCAGCCUCUACCCAGCAGCAUGCUCUACAACAAGGAGUUUACCACCAACCCGUUCGCGUAUGCAACCACCCAGCCAACACAACCUGCCCCACCGAAUGCCCCUUCGCCCCACCAGUAUGGCUACCACCCUUACCGCGUUCCUCACUCGUCGUCCCCGCCGUCCCUCUUCGUGUCGCAUAACAUGAUGAGCAUGCCGUCGUUCGUGACGUCGAUGCAGGAAUCGUAUGGCGCACUCGGACACGCGGCGCAGCCUUCAGCCGGCUCGGGGUCUAGCUCGAUGGGCGGCUCCAUCGCCAGCGGGAUGAACAGCCCACUCAGCAGCUUUGGGAGCACCAUGUCAGACAUGUCGAGCAUGGGUUACUCGCCUCCCAAGCACGCCCCGUCCCAACUCCCCGGAAUGGCGUGCGCCAAUCCGCGCGAACUCACCUCUCGGCGGUCUCGAACUUCCCACCGUCGAAUGCAGGGGCGGACCGUCAAGAGCAAGGAGGAGGGCGACGAUGAUGACAGUGACGACGACAUGAACAGUGACGACGACCGCGGCGGGUUCGACAUCUCUGGAUCACAGAGAGGUGGAGGUCGUUCAGGCCUGAGCCGCGAAGCCAAGGCCGAGGCAGGUCGGCUCAGUCGCAUCCAGAGCGAGCAGAAGCGGCGCAAUGUACUCAAGGAUGGGUUUGAGCGUCUUCGAGUCAUUCUCCCGAUUACCAGCCAGAAGGGUUCCAAGCAAGUCAUCCUCGACAGAGCCGUGCAGCAUAUCGACACCCUCAAGUCGUCGCACAACGUUCUGAUGGAGGAGAGGAAUCGGCUCUUAGUGGAGAAUCGACGUCUUUCGGAUGAGGUCAUCGAGCUGAGGCGCGCCAACAACCUCCUUGUCAGCCAACACAUCCCGAGUCCUAGCGAGCGCGGUCCGAACCCCCACAACACGGCGCCGAACACUAGUAGCAGAGGCGGAGUGUACUACAGCUCGCGCCAGUAG